CCGAUGAGCACGUUCAAAUCCAGUCGACGAAGCUUGGCAGGCCAGCCGCACUGUCGACUGUCAGACACUCGCGCAGCAGCUGAUGAGCAAAGCCGGGGCAGUUCCUAGGAGGGUGCUGUUCAGAUCCAGGGAGGCGGGGGUUUGCUUCUGAUUAUCCGCUGUUGAGACCCUCUCGCUGUCUUCAAUCCCGAGUCCUGACUUUGAACCCAAUUUUGAGGAUGCUUCUAGAUGUGCGAUCGUUGGGCGCGGACCGUGAGGAAGACCAGUGGCCGACGAGGCGCUCGCGCCCUCCACCAACGGUGUGCUUGCCGGCAUGUCCAACGGCGAGCGGCGCCCCUGGAUCGGCAUGAACGCCCACCACCUGUUCGACCAAAGGUUUCAGAGCAGCCACCGCCCCUUGGUACAUCCAUCCAGGUCUCCUCUUGUGGAUCUAAAAAAGGAAGCGAUCAGUGUCUCAAAGUUUAUUGAGAAUCUCAAGAUUGUGAAGAUUGAUAGGCAGGCUAACAAGGUGGUGCAUGAGAUUGCUAAAUUUAGUUUUGAUAGCAGGUCCGAUGAUGUGCUUUGUAAUAGUGUUUCACCCUGCGUGGGUAACUAUGUUAUGAACGAUUGUAAGAAUCUUGUUAAUUAGUUAAUAUAUG